AUGACGAAGACGUUGAUCCGGCCGCUGCUUCCUUCGGCCAUGACCGCCGGCGAGCUGGAGAGGCAGACGAUCGUAGUGCGCCGGAGCCGGAAGAAGGGGCCGGUUGUUCAGACGAAGCAGGCAGUCGAUCAGAAUAAGUUCCGCCCGCGGUUCGCUUUCUUCACCGGCCCUCACGGCCGGAGCGUGAAUCAUAGAAAGUUCGAAACCGUUGUUCUAAUCGCAAGCGGCUUUGGGUACUGGUCCUUGGAUGGAUACUUGGAAGACAUGCUGCGGACCGAGCGCGCAGCCACGAGGACACGAAAGAUCGUACUGGUCUAUAGAGGCAAGCCGCAAGACGCGAUGAACAAGAGGCUGCGGGAUGAUGCGCACAGUUCUGACGAUAGCCUGAAACUGCGCUUGCGAGUGAUCUUCUACCCGGCGAACCGCAUGAAAAACGCAAUGCAGGACGGCGACAAGUUUAGCGAUAUGACUGAGCUGGCCAAGAUGAACAAAUUUCGGCCCGCGGAGAACAUGGAGAAAUACAAGGUCACGAACGACACGGGCAAGGUGACCGGGCUUGAGGUCGGGAACAAAGGCCGUCUUACUUUCUGGCCAGGACCACUUCCUCUCAAAGACGUGGUGGAAAACCCCUCCGUGUUCGAAAACGGCGUGAAGUUCACGACAGGUCAAAGCUCGUUUGACGAUGAGUCUACAGACGGCACCAAUACUUUGAUUCUAGCAUCCGCCGAGAAUCAACUUGUUGAUGAGCUAAAGCAGGUUGUGGUCACGUCAAAGAAGAGAAUGCAUCUACAUGUGCUGGAUUUUAUCCCUCCACAGUCUCUGGAACACGGUGAUGACGAGUUCGAGGUUCGUCGGGUACAGUCGCCAGUUGACACGUCGGGCCCAGGAGGUUUACCGACCACGAGGCGGAGAUGA